AUGAGCAAGGAGGGGAACGUGACCCUCCCACCUAUCGCAGCAGCAAAAGGAAAUGGCAAGCCUGGAAGAGGAUCGAAGAAGGGGACUGGAGCAAUGAGAUCCAGGGCCUUGUCGGACGUUUCUGAGACUCAGCCGUUGAUUCAGAACAGGAAAGAGGCACAGUCAGUGCAGUCACGACUCAAGCCGUAUGUCCCUGUUAAACUCAGCUUUGCUCCUCGACCCUCUGGUUUGCACAAGAGUCAGAGCCAAAUCUUUCAGGUCCCAGACUUGGAUGAUGAUGAACUCGAGCAACGCAACGGCGCAAGAGGAAUUUUGACUCACAGCGUCUCAGUUCCGUCACUCAUGAAAAAGUCCCAGUCAACCCUGGGCUUUGCAUACGAACAUGCAGCAAGCUCCAAUGAUUUUUCAAAAGACUUGAGGAGAAGGUUAUUCAGACAAUCGGUAGAAACCUCCUCGAUCCAAGUCAAGAUAUCCAAGAUCAUUGCCUCGGAAGGGAGAAGUACAGAAAAAAAUGAAACUGACAGGACUCCUGAGCUUUCUAGAGUACAAUGGAAGAGUAAGAAGAUCGUGGAGCUGAACAAGUUGAUCUCCUCCUGGAAUGAGGUCGGGGGUUUCCCCAAAGAGAAAGAAAGAGAGAAGAGGGCGCAAACGCCGUCGAUCGGACCAACAAGAACUUCUUCGAUAGCUUCUGUGACCUCAACUACUUCACGAGCUCGAAGUCCAUUGUCAAAGGACCGGCUUCCGAACACGAUGUGGGACCAAGACCGAUUGAUUCCAGUCAUCACCGGCAGACUUUCUCUCUGUCGGACAUCAGCACAUCAUGAGGAUUUGGCAGAAGAAAGUUAUGGGACGGCGAUCAGGAUCAUUCGAGACUUGCUUGACGAUGAAAUUCUUGUCAACGAUUUGAGCCCUCUAAGCGUCAUUGCCUUUUGCAAGGCUCUCCGUAAGCACGAGGUUCAUUACUGGACGGAUCAUCUGGUGCUGCUGGGCGGUGAAACCGAGCUAGACUUCACCCGUUCUGCCGUUCUGCUUGCUGUCUACCUAGUGCUUCUGCGUGGAUAUUCCGUGGAGAAUGCGUGCGAACCCUUCCUGCAGCCAAGAGUUUGUCAUUUCAAGAAAGUCUACGACAGGAAUGGUGAAUGGUUGGAAUGCUACAACAUCAAGAACGUUGUUUCCUCUCUCUGUAAGGCUCAUCAGAGGGAGUUCUUUACUUUAGAAGGCAGCCCGCAGUGGCUGAUAGUCGGAGCUGAUAUUGAGAGUAGUUUUGAGCUCCUGCAAGCAUGCCCGAAGAUCUACCUGUUCCGUGUCAAGGAUUCUCAGCUCCUCGACCUGGCUGAGGUCAAGGAGCAUUUCAAGAACCUGCAGGUGGGAGAAAUUAUCAGAAUCAAGGAAAUGAGCAUCCAAAGCAAGGACGACAAGUUUCCCUGGCACGAUCACUUGCCACAUGUGAGGGUUCAAGAUGUUGCUUGGAGCGACAAGAUUGAGUUGCAGUACAUCUUCAAGGAUGCUCACUUGAGUACGACGAGCCAGGUUCUGCAGAUUGAAAGCAGACGCUCCAAGGAGACGUGCGCUAUCGGAUAUGUCUUGAUCACGGAUCAUGGUUUCAGUGUUGAAGAAGUUGUUUGCUGGCUCUACAACACCCGGCCAUCUUCGGUGACAUGCUUGUUCCUUCUUCUCGUCGGGUUCUCACACCCUCAAUAG